AUGUACACAGGCACAACAACCGGCCUCGAAGUCCUCGGCGACAUAUCCGACACCUACAUCCGUGGCACCUCUCUCCUCCCCUCGAUCUCGCACCCCCUCACCCGCCACGGCAUCAUCGGCGGCCCCAUCCACCGCGACAUUGAAGACGCCCGCAAAGCCGAAGAAGCCCGUCUCCAAGCCAUCGCCGACGCGAAAGAAGUUGAAAAGAGGAAGGCUGGCUUGCUGCGCGCAAGAGAUAUGAAGGUCAACCAUAACCGACCCAUGUUUAAUGGGCCGAUGGGUAGACCUACGGUGGACGCGUAUGGCCAGCAUAUCAGUUACAGGGGCGAUGGGGGCGUUAGUAAGUAUUCGGUGCCGAUGCCGGUAGGCGGUGGAGGGAAUGCUAAUAGGGGGUUUGUGGCGCCGGAGUUUGCGCAUUUGCUGAGUGGGAGUAACAGGAGGAGGAGGCUGUUUCCGAGUGAGCGGUUGGACAUCUUUUCAUCUCGUCAGUAUCAGGAGUGGAUCUUCACCGCUGCUUCAUUCAGGCAUUCGUUCCAUCUUUGGCACAUCUCGACUAUGUCUGGCUAUCGCGGACGUAGUACGGAUAGAGGUGGUGGCGGACGAGGCGGACGUGGUGGACGUGGUGGGUCAGUGGGAUCGGGCACAUCACGACGACCUUUGCGAACUGAGAUCGAACAAAUCACUCCGGCGAAUUUCGCACAGAUCAUCGACAGGUACCAAGCGACGUUUCCUUGCGAGAGAUGCGGUGACAGCAACCACAGCAUCCUGCAAUGUAGACGAGCGCAACCGCGCUGGCCAAGUUGGCUUUGGCAAAGGAUCAUCGACCUCAACAUAACUGCACAAGCAAAUGCCCAUAUUGCUUCACUCCAACAAGGAGGAAGUGGUCCGAUCCCGUACCACGCGCCUCCGCAGAAUAUGGGCUUCAUGGGGAAUUUCGCGCAGCCUCCUACAACCUCAUCCUUUGGAUCACAAAGCCAAGGUUUCCAGGGCAAUUUCAGUAACUCGCGAGUCCCUGGUCCGGUGAACCCUCUAAAUGACGGCAUGAACAACCUUACAAUCGCCGAACCGGCUCGGCAGUCACCCAACAACUUCAGUCAAGAUGGCUCAGUCCAAGGCCACGGUCGCGGACGGGGUCGUGGGGGUUAUCGCGGAGGCAAUCGUGGAGGAAACCGCGGAGGUUUCGCUAGUACGGCAAGCGCGACCUCUCCAGCAACAUUCGCGGGUGAGCUGAGUUAUCCGGACAGCCGAAACCUGAGCAUCGAAGACAAUACGCCGAAUGGUGUGGGUAGAGAGUGGAAGCUCUCUGAGGCCGUGAAGAAUGCCAAAGAGACUUCCGGUGCGAUCGAGUCACCCACUCAUCCUAUACGUCAAAAUUUCCUCGACCUCAAACCGGAGAGGAAAGUGCUUACAAACCACUUCGAGUAUUCGGUUUCAGCAGACGUAUUCUAUGAGUACAAGAUCAACAACAUCGGGAGCAAAGACAAGAGGAGGACGAAGCUAGUUUACCAGAAAGCUAUCGAAUCUUGGGAGUUCUUGAAAUCACACAGCACUAAGUUGGUCACAAACAACUUUGACUCGAUCGUCGCUUGGGAGAACCUUCAUCAACACAUCUUGGAAGGUCUAAUUAGAGGCGACAACGAAUCCACUGGCCUUUGGAAAAUGACACUUCAAGACGGUACCAGUUCGCUCGAGCUUGAGUUCGAGCUGGUGAGAAAGAUCGACGUCAGUGAUUUCCAACGAUACUCAAACGCGGAUCCUCAGCAGGAGAAUCAAAGCUUUGACGUCAUAUCUCGGUGUCUGAACCUCGUCAUCUCGAAGACAUUUGAUGACAGCAAGCUUUACCGCCAGUCUGCCAACAAAUUUUUCGUUAAAGACGCGAGUGCGUUCUUCAAGCCCAUUCUCGUCAGCAACUUCCUCCAAGAUACAAAUACCUUUGGUGGUCAUCAAGAAGACAACCUCAAAGGUCUCCGAGUGUUUGUCGUAACCGAUAGACGCAGGAUCCCAGGCGAAGAAGCAAACUAUGAUAAGCUAAAUAGUGCCAGUAGCCGAACCAAGAAGGUCAACUUCAUCGGCCCCGCCCUGGGCACUGUGACAUUCCAGAUGAGGGUGAAGAAUGCCGACGGAACAUUUGCCAAGAAUCCCGAUGGAUCUUACAGAAAGACAGGAAAUCACAUUAACGUCGUGAACUAUCUCAGAGACACCUUCGGGCAUACAGCCAACACAACGCGAAAAGCUAUCAAUUGUGGUACGGAGAAGGAACCUGUAUGGUAUGCCCAGGAGCAACUCCAAAUUCUGCCAUGGCAAAUCUAUCGACGGCCAGUUCCAGAGAAGUUCGCCAGUGGGAUGGUCCAAGAGGCUGCGAAAAAGCCUGAUGAGAGUCGAGCCCUCAUCGAGAACGAAGGACUGCGUAAUCUGGGCUUCGAUCAGCAAAGCGUUACGAGCGCUCUGUUCAGCAAUGUCGGAAACAGUAGCGAAGUACCGAUUCAACUCGUUCCCACCAUGAUGCAAGUUCCCUGCCAAAUACUCCGAUACCCAUGCCCGUCUUACAAGACCGUCACAAACGACCCUAUCAAUCCCAGUAGAGGACGCCAAACUGUGCCAGUGACGCUUCCGGCGGCUGGUGGAGCUCGUUGGAAAGUUCCUGCCAAUUCUGUCUUCUUUUCGACCAAGCCAAAAGCCUUCAAGUUUGGCUUCCUCCGCAUCCGAAAGGAUCCGUUACAAGAUCGUCAGGACGAGUUCGGCAAGACGUAUCAAGUUUACCCAAGAGAGCAACAUAAAUUCGCCGUGGACGAUGAUUCGUUUACAAAGUACUCCGAUGAGAUCGUACGACAGCUGAAUCGGUGUGGACUCACUGCUACCGACAUCGACCUUCAGCUUCCUACUGCUCUUCAAGACCUUGAAAUCCGCGAUCUAGAAGCUGCUCUGCAGACUGCCAAAGACGACGCUUACGAUCUGGUCAUCCUCAUGUUACCGAAGCAGAACGUAGGCAUAUACUCACGAUUCAAGACUUUAGCUGAGAGGGCAUCCGGCCUCCAAUCGGUCGUUGUUGUGAGCAAGUUUUCGGCCCCGGACAAAAACUACCUCCUUGCAGAAUGCAUCACCAACAUCAUGAUGAAGAUUAACCUCAAGCUAGGCGGCUUCACACAUUCGGUAGAGGACGUUCAGUCGUAUCUGUCACAGCAGAGUGUUAUGGUGCUUGGUGCUGAUUUAGUUCAUGCGGGGCCAAGUGCAUUCGACGGCUGCCCAUCUAUCGCUUCGAUAGUCGGAUCUGUGGACUACUCAGCGGGUAGAUGUCUUGGCUCUGCACGCCUGCAGCGUAUCGAGAAGGAAGCGAAAGAUGAUAAAGGCAAUGCGAAGCCUGAGCAAAUAACGGAUCGAGAGAUCAUCCAAGAGGUCGAAGCCAUGGUUACCGAGCGGCUCGAGGACUGGAUACGCCACAGCGAAAAGAAGACCCUGCCCAAGAACAUCCUGUACUACAGAGAUGGUGUCAGUGCGACCCAGUACGAACAAGUCAAGUUGAAAGAACUGCAAGCUAUCCGCGACGCUUACAGUAAGCUCGCGAACAAGUUCGGUACGACUUCCGAGGUUGGCCUGACCGCGGUAGUCGUCACGAAACGUCACCACACACGUUUCUACCCAAUGUCACAUAAGCUGCCAGACCCUCCGCGAGGCGAGAAGAAGCCGACUUACCCGGAUCGCGACGCAUUCGGUAACUACAACACGAAGCCUGGUCUGUUUACUCAUGCUAUCUGUUUCUCCUACGUCCGCGGGACAGUCGGUGUAUCCUACGCCUCGCCUACCUACUACGCCGACCGCCUAUGCGAACGCAGCCGCACUUACAUGCGUCGAUACUUCGUCAAGACUGAAGACGUCGCAGGCCCAGGUAACCUGGAAGCAGCUCUCACGCUGGAGAAGGGCCGCCUUGAACAACAGUAUACGACAUUGCUUGACUCCCUCUACCCGAGGAAUCGACAAUUCGCCGACAGGAAAGACGAAAAGAAGCACUUCAAGGACAGGAAAGCAACAGAGGCUGAUCAUCGAAAGGAGAUCGUGCUGGGUCUAAGGAGGUUCGUGUUCAAGAAGGUUGAAGAUGACUUCUACAAGUUCAAAGACCAGACUGUGGAUGGGAAGCCGUGGCUCAAUCCUUGGGAUCCGUGUCUGAGGGACACGAUGUUCUGGAUGUGA